CUCGGUUUCCAGCCGGGCCUUUUUCACAGCCGGGCCCCAGCAUGGCUACCCCCAGGGCUGCGUGUCGGGAAGCCGCUGUGCUCUCUCUUUCCUGACAGUCCCUAGCUUCUGUGGUCUCCUUCUCUUCCCCAGCCCACUCCAGCAGACAUGUUUGCCAAGGCCUUUCGGGUCAAGUCCAACACGGCCAUCAAGGGGUCGGACAGGAGAAAGCUUCGUGCAGAUGUGACAGCUGUUUUCCCCACUCUUGGAACGGAUCAGGUCUCUGAGUUAAUACCUGGAAAGGAAGAGCUCAACAUUGUGAGGUUGUAUGCUCACAGAGGGGACGCAGUGACUGUGUACGUGAGUGGUGGUAACCCCAUCCUAUUUGAACUGGAGAAAAACCUAUAUCCGACAGUGUACACCUUGUGGUCUUAUCCUGAUCUUCUACCAACGUUUACAACAUGGCCUCUGGUGCUCGAGAAACUGGUAGGGGGAGCAGAUUUGAUGCUGCCAGGGCUAGUGGUGCCCCCUGCUGGUCUGCCUCAGGUACAGAAAGGUGACCUCUGUGCCAUUGCCUUGGUGGGGAACAGAGCCCCCGUUGCCAUCGGAGUCGCUGCCAUGUCCACGGCUGAGAUGCUGACCUCAGGUCUGAAGGGAAGGGGCUUCUCUGUGCUCCACACCUACCAGGACCACUUGUGGCGAUCUGGAGAAAAGUCCUCUCCACCAUCCAUUGCUCCAUUGGCCCUGGAUCCCCCCGAUCCCAGUGAAGAGAAGGGGUCUGUCCAGGCGAAUGCUGCCCUUCAGGGAGACAUGAGGCACCUGACCCUGGAGGGAGAGGAGGAGGAGGUUGGGGAGGUUCAGCAGAGGUGUGCGGAGAAGUCCCUGUCAGAAGCCGCAGAAGACCCCAGUGUCGGGGGCCUGAACCCAGACCCCACGGACGGCAAGACCCUUCAAGAGCAAAUGGACGAACUGUUAGAGAGAUGCUUCCUGCAUGCUUUGAAGUGCCGACUCAAAAAGGCCGACCUCCCUUUACUCACCAGCACUCUCCUGGGCAGCCACAUGUUCUCCUGCUGCCCCGAGGGACGACAGCUGGACGUAAAGAAGUCAAGCUACAAAAAGCUCUCUAAGUUCCUGCAGCACAUGCAGCAGGAGCAGAUUAUACAGGUGAAGGAGCUGAGCCAAGGGGUGGAGAGCAUUGUGGCUGUGGACUGGAAGCACCCGAGGAUCACAUCUUUCGUCAUACCCGAGCCCUCCCCGACCUCUCAGACAGUCCAGGAGGGUAGCAGGGAACAGCCCUAUCACCCUCCAGAUAUAAAAUCCCUCUACUGUGUCCCAGCCAGCAUGACCCUGCUCUUCCAGGAGUCUGGCCACAAGAAGGGGAGCAUUCUGGAGGGCGGCGAGGUCCGAACGAUCGUCAUCAGCUACGCCAAGAAACAUGACCUGGUUGAUGCAGGCAACAAGAAUCUGGUGAAAUUGGAUCCCAUCCUAUGUGACUGCAUCUUAGAGAAAAAUGAACAGCACACAGUCACGAAGCUUCCAUGGGACAGUCUCCUGAGCAGAUGUUUGGAAAAAUUGCAGCCUGCCUAUCGAGUAACCUUUCCGGGACAAGAGCCCAUUGUGAAGAAAGGCAAAAUCUGCCCAAUCGACAUCACACUAGCACAGAGAGCUUCUAAUAAAAAGGUGACCGUGGUCAGGAACUUGGAGGCCUACGGUCUGGACCCGUACUCAGUGGCAGCCAUCCUCCAGCAGCGAUGCCAGGCUAGCACCACUGUCACUCCUGCCCCUGGGGCCAAGGACAGCCUGCAGGUCCAGAUUCAGGGAAACCAGGUCCACCACCUCGGCCGGCUCUUGCUUGAUGAGUAUCAGCUUCCUCGAAAAUACAUCCAAGGCCUGGAAAAGGCCCCCAAACAUGGCAAGAAGAAAUGACAGACUCUUGUUUCAUGUGGUCGAUCCAGUGGAAAUCCAAGCUCUGGCCUGGUAAUUUAUAUGAGUAUUUUGAGCUUUUGCGAAUUAAAAAAAUAUAUAAUUCUUUACCAAAAUAAAUUUUUAUUCUCAUCUAAA